AUGCAGUAUCAUCCCGGAUUACUGAGACAAAGAGGACACAGUUGGACUUAUCAUAAAGGUUUAUUACGUCAAAAAGGCGGAGCAGUAGGUUCUAUCAUCUCUGGAUUGGUGGGAGCCCUUCCCUUGGAUAAUUUUUCACCCGGACUUCCUGCUACACAAUUACUCAAAUUGGGUAGGCUUUUAACUCACAUGAAACCUCAAAAAGGAGGAAAUUUUUUAAACUUCCUCUCGGCAGCAGUCCCUAACAUACCGCUACCAGGCACAGACUCAGGUUUGACUCUCAAAAACGCGGCCGAGUUAGCCAUGGGGUUACAAAAAGGUCGAGGAUUUGUCAAAGAUUUACUCCAACAUGGGAAAAAACAAGCCAUCAUGGCCGGAGUGAAGAUAGGCAGAGAUGUGCCCGAUUCCUGUGGGUGUGGGAUGAACAAUUUACAAUUGUUUCAAGUCCCUCCGACUAAUAUUGCUUUAGAAGACUCGAAAUGGGAAGAAUAUUACCCCAUUUCCAGUACUUUAGAUUCCGACACCGCUCCCAUCGAAUUUGAAAUUAAAGGACAAGGAGAUCACUAUCUGGAUUUAUCUCAAACUUAUGUUCAAAUGGUAUGUAAAUUUACCAAAGACGAUGGAAGUAAUCUGACUGGGGCGAACAGCACUUCCAGUCCCGUGAAUAAUAUCUUACAUUCCAUGUUUACGGAAAUCGAUGUCAGUCUGAAUGGAAAAAUAGUGACUCCGGGGACGGAUACCUAUCCUUACAAAGCUUAUCUGGAGAAAUUAUUGUCUUACCGACCCAGAACUUUAAAGACACAGACGAGGGCCUGUAGUCUGUGGGAAAAAGAUACGGCAGGACACAUGGACGAAGUGGGGUUAGAGGACCUUGGUGUAGCUCAAAAUAAAACCUUUAAUGUAACUCCGGGUGCAAAUGGUGGUGCCGACACGGUGACCAUUAACGAACCCAUCCUCACAGCGUUACCGGCCAAUUCUAAAAACGAAGGAUUCCGAAAAAGACACCAAGCUAUUGCUGACAGUAAGAAAAUCAGUUUGCUGGAUACUUUACAUUUGGAUUUGUUUCAACAAGAUCGAUUUCUACCCAAUGGAGUGGACGUCCGUUUGCGAUUUAAUCGAGCUAGACCCUCUUUCUACAUGAUGAUCAAAGGAGGAAGUACAGGAAAAGUGAAAAUAUUGAGUAUGAUCUUGUGGGUGAGAAAAGUCAAACCCACAGCAGUCAUGAUGAAUACCAUUAAUCAGAGUUUGAAUACCCACAGAGCCAAAUAUCCCUUGAGAAGAGUGGAAGUGAAAACCUUUACCAUCCCCACAGGAACCCAGUCUAAGAUUACAGAUCAUCUGUUUCAAGGUCAGAUGCCUAAACGUCUCAUUUUAGGCUUUGUGGAGAAUGCGGCCUUUAACGGAGAUAAAACUAAAAAUCCCUUUCAUUUCCAAAACUUUGGGAUCAAGAAAUUAGAUGUCAGUAUCAACGGAGAGACCAUGAGUACUCGUUGUUUUGAGCCUAAUUUCAACGACGAUUUAUAUCUGAGAUCAUAUCUCAGUCUGUAUCAAGCUCUGGGAAAAUUAGGAGAAGAUUGGGCUCCGGACAUCACCCUAGAAGAGUAUAAAAGCGGCUACACUCUAUGGGGCUGGGAUUUCACUAAAGAUCAAGAAGCGCAAUCGGAUAAAUUCCACAUCAUAGAAACAGGAAAUCUGAGAGUAGAAGUGCAGUUUACCAACAAUACGGCUACCACCAUCAAUUGUGUGGUGUAUGCAGAAUUCGAUAACCUAUUAGAAAUUAACAAACAGAGAGAAGUGAGCAUUGAUUACUAA